ACGACGUUCGCCGCGGGGAACUCGGAGUAGCUUCGCCUGUGACGUUUCCCCAGGACGCACCCCGAAAUCCCCCUGAGCUCCGGCGGUCGCGGGCUGCCCUCGCCGCCUGGUCUGGCUUUAUGCUAAGUUUGAGGGAAGAGUCGAGCUGUUCUGCUCUCUAUUGAUUGUGUUUUUGGAGGGCUUCCUGUUGAAUUCCCACUUCAUUGUGUACAUCCCCUUCCACUCCCCCCAAAAAUCUGUGCCACAGGGUUACUUUUUGAAAGCGGGAGGAAUCGAGAAGCACGAUCUUUUAGAAAACUUGGUGAACGCCUAAAUAAUCAUGGGCCAGACUGGGAAGAAAUCUGAGAAGGGACCAGUUUGUUGGCGGAAGCGUGUAAAAUCAGAGUACAUGCGACUGAGACAGCUCAAGAGGUUCAGACGAGCUGAUGAAGUAAAGAGUAUGUUUAGUUCCAAUCGUCAGAAAAUUUUGGAAAGAACGGAAAUCUUAAACCAAGAAUGGAAACAGCGAAGGAUACAGCCUGUGCACAUCCUGACUUCUUGUUCGGUGACCAGUGACUUGGAUUUUCCAACACAAGUCAUCCCAUUAAAGACUCUGAAUGCAGUUGCUUCAGUACCCAUAAUGUAUUCUUGGUCUCCCCUACAGCAGAAUUUUAUGGUGGAAGAUGAAACUGUUUUACAUAACAUUCCGUAUAUGGGAGAUGAAGUUUUAGACCAGGAUGGUACUUUCAUUGAAGAACUAAUAAAAAAUUAUGAUGGAAAAGUACACGGGGAUAGAGAAUGUGGGUUUAUAAAUGAUGAAAUUUUUGUGGAGUUGGUCAAUGCCCUUGGUCAAUAUAAUGAUGAUGAUGAUGAUGAUGAUGGAGACGAUCCUGAAGAAAGAGAAGAAAAACAGAAAGAUCUGGAGGAUCACCGAGAUGAUAAAGAAAGCCGCCCACCUCGGAAAUUUCCUUCUGAUAAAAUUUUUGAAGCCAUUUCCUCGAUGUUUCCAGAUAAGGGCACAGCAGAGGAACUAAAGGAAAAAUAUAAAGAACUCACCGAACAGCAGCUCCCAGGCGCACUUCCUCCUGAAUGUACCCCCAACAUAGAUGGACCAAACGCUAAAUCUGUUCAGAGAGAGCAAAGCUUACACUCCUUUCAUACGCUUUUCUGUAGGCGAUGUUUUAAAUAUGACUGCUUCCUACAUCCUUUUCAUGCAACACCCAACACUUAUAAGCGGAAGAACACAGAAACAGCUUUAGACAACAAACCUUGUGGACCACAGUGUUACCAGCAUUUGGAGGGAGCAAAGGAGUUCGCUGCUGCUCUCACUGCUGAGCGGAUAAAGACCCCACCAAAACGCCCAGGAGGCCGCAGAAGAGGACGGCUUCCCAAUAACAGUAGCAGGCCCAGCACCCCCACCAUUAAUGUGCUGGAAUCAAAGGAUACAGACAGUGAUAGGGAAGCAGGGACUGAAACGGGGGGAGAGAACAAUGAUAAAGAAGAAGAAGAGAAGAAAGACGAAACUUCGAGCUCCUCUGAAGCAAAUUCUCGGUGUCAAACACCAAUAAAGAUGAAGCCAAAUAUUGAACCUCCUGAGAAUGUGGAGUGGAGUGGUGCUGAAGCCUCAAUGUUUAGAGUCCUCAUUGGCACUUACUAUGACAAUUUCUGUGCCAUUGCUAGGUUAAUUGGGACCAAAACAUGUAGACAGGUGUAUGAGUUUAGAGUCAAAGAAUCUAGCAUCAUAGCUCCAGCUCCUGCUGAGGAUGUGGACACUCCUCCAAGGAAAAAGAAGAGGAAACACCGGUUGUGGGCUGCACACUGCCGAAAGAUACAGCUGAAAAAGGGUCAAAACCGCUUUCCGGGAUGCCGCUGCAAAGCACAGUGCAACACCAAGCAGUGCCCGUGCUACCUGGCCGUCCGAGAGUGUGACCCUGACCUCUGUCUUACUUGUGGAGCCGCUGACCAUUGGGACAGUAAAAAUGUGUCCUGCAAGAACUGUAGUAUUCAGCGGGGCUCCAAAAAGCAUCUAUUGCUGGCACCAUCUGAUGUGGCAGGCUGGGGGAUUUUUAUCAAAGAUCCUGUGCAGAAAAAUGAAUUCAUCUCAGAAUACUGUGGAGAGAUUAUUUCUCAAGAUGAAGCUGACAGAAGAGGGAAAGUAUAUGAUAAAUACAUGUGCAGCUUUCUGUUCAACUUGAACAAUGAUUUUGUGGUGGAUGCAACCCGCAAGGGUAACAAAAUUCGUUUUGCAAAUCAUUCGGUAAAUCCAAACUGCUAUGCAAAAGUUAUGAUGGUUAACGGCGAUCACAGGAUAGGUAUUUUUGCCAAGAGAGCCAUCCAGACUGGUGAAGAGCUGUUUUUUGAUUACAGAUACAGCCAGGCUGAUGCCCUGAAGUAUGUCGGCAUCGAAAGAGAAAUGGAAAUCCCUUGACAUCUGCUACCUCCUCCCCCUCCUCUCUGAAACAGCUGCCUUAGCUUCAGGAACCUCGAGUACUGUGGGCAAUUUAGAAAAAGAAAAUGCAGUUUGAAAUUCUGAAUUUGCAAAGUACUGUAAGAAUAAUUUAUAGUAAUGAGUUUAAAAAUCAACUUUUUAUUGCCUUCUCACCAGCUGCAAAGUGUUUUGUACCAGUGAAUUUUUGCAAUAAUGCAGUAUGGUACAUUUUUCAACUUUGAAUAAAGAAUACUUGAACUUGUC